AUGUCCCCAAAGGCCGUUGAUUUUUUCUAUAAAGCAAGCAUCGUCAAUAGAGGUGCCCAUGUCGUUGAAGAGCAUAGCUUUUUAUUUGAGGCGAAGCCUCUGAACAUCACUGAUGCUCGAGUCUAUCGUGGACUUCAUUGUACACCUGAAUAUUCUCCACGAGGUAACUGUGGAUCACUAGCUAAGCUUGGCGAUGUUGUGGAGGUCGAUGAUGGCGUCGGUGGUCUCCAAGUAUUUGACCAAUCACCGCACUGA